AUGGAAAAGAGUGUUGCGAUAAAAAAUUCUUCUGUUAACAUGGCAAGCAACCUUCAAAGUUUGUGCUUUCAGCAAUGUUCAUCUAGAAAGAACAUCGUUUGGAAAGAUAUAAAUCAUGUUUUGUAUGUUCCAAAAACGUCAUUUCAAACUCAUAAAACUGGACGUUGUAAGUCUUUAAAGAUUGUACACUUGUUGCAUCAACUUUGCCAUAAAGUUUUAGCAAUUUUCAAAUUAAAUGCUGCAUAA